AUGUCUGCUGUGUGGGACCUGCUGCUGAGGAUUCUGGAGGAGCUGGUGCAGUCUGAGCUGAAGCGCUUCAGUUUUCACCUGAGCGGGGACGACCCCGAGGUGUGCCCGAGCAUUCCGAAGGGUAUCCUGCAGGGCGGCGACCGGACAGACAUCGUGACUGCGAUGCAGGGUUACUACGGCCGGGGGCAGAGGGCGGCCGAGGUCACGCGCUACAUCCUCCAGAAGAUGGACAGGAACGACCUCGCUGAGCGGCUGGCGGAUGUGGCGGAUCCUGUUAUGAAGAGAAUUCAAGAGAAACUGAAAAUAAAUCUGAAAAAGAGGUCUGAGCGCAUAUAUGAAGGGACAGACAAACAAGGGGUCUCGGUGCUCCUGAAAAGCAUUUACACAGAAGUCUACAUAACAGAUGGUGGAAGUGGGACAGUCAGUAAUGAGCAUGCAGUGAGGCAGAUUGAGACAGGAGGCAGGAAACGAGUCACGGAGGAGGCUGUGAUCAAGUGCAAUGACCUCUUCAAAGCGUUGACUCUGCAGCAGAAGUCCAUCCGAACGGUGCUGAUGAAGGGGAUCGCGGGCGUCGGCAAAACGGUCUCUGUGAAGAAGUUCAUCCUUGACUGGGCCAACGGUGACGCAAACCAGGAGAUCGAUUUUGUUUUUACCCUUCCUUUUCGAGAUCUGAACUCAAUGAAGGAUAAGCGAUUCACUUUAAUGGAACUUCUUCAUCACUACUUUCCGGACAUGAAAGCCGUUGAAUGUAUUGACUGUGAUGAAUUCAAAGUUCUGUUCAUCUUCGACGGUUUGGACGAAUGUAGGCUUCCUCUAGAUUUCCAAAGCUCCGAGCUAAACGACGCAAUGGAGCCGGCCACAGUGGACGUGCUGUUGGCAAACCUCAUUAGAGGGAAUCUGCUUCCUUCUGCUCUCCUCUGGAUAACCACCCGACCAGCAGCAGCCAAUAAGAUCCCUCCUGGGUAUAUCCACCAGGUGACAGAGGUGCGAGGAUUUAACGACGAACAGAAAGAGGAGUACUUCAGGAAGAGGUUCAGUGACCAGAACCUGGCUUGCACAGCGGUCAAACACAUUAAAUCAUCAAGGAGCCUCUAUACCAUGUGUCACAUACCAGUGUUCUGCGCAAUAUCAGCCACUGUUCUUGAGCGAAUAAUAUUGGAGGGAAACGGUGGGGAGACCCCCUGCACUUUAACUCAAAUGUACACACGUUUACUGCUCAUUCAGACAAACAUCACUGCAUACAAGUACGCUGAGACCAAGGACACAGAUGCGAGGAGGAUCUCUGAGUCAACGAGACAAGCCAUUCUGAAACUGGGUGAGCUGGCUUUUCGACAGCUGGAAAAGGGCAAUCUCAUAUUUUACGAAGAGGACCUGCGUGAAUGUGGUCUCAGUGUCAGUGAAGCCUCUGUGUAUUCUGGGAUGUGCACAGAAAUCUUCAAGGAGGAGACUGAUUUCUGCGAGGAUAGAGUGUACAGCUUCGUGCAUCUGAGCAUUCAGGAGUACCUUGCGGCCUUGUAUGUGUUUCUGUCAUAUGGAAACCUAAUGAGUGACGCUCAGUGGCAUGGGUUGAAAUGGAUGCUGGGUAAAUUGUCAUUGUUUGACUUGCACAAGAGCGCAGUGGACAAGGCCUUACAGAGUGAGAACGGACACCUGGAUCUUUUCCUCCGCUUCCUUCUCGGCCUCUCACUGGACUCCAAUCAGAGUCUGCUGAGAGGCCUACAGACGAGGAUGGGGAGCACUUCUCAAAGUAUCCGUGAAACGGUCAAAUACAUUCAAGAGAAGAUAAGGGAGAAUCCAUCGCCGGAGCGGUCCAUCAAUCUUUUCCACUGUCUAAAUGAACUGAAUGAUAACUCCUUCGUGGAAGAAAUACAGACCUACCUGAGCUCAGAAAGUCUUUCAAAUGAAAAACUCUCGCCUGCACAGUGGUCCGCUCUGGUCUUUGUGUUGCUGAUGUCAAAAGAGGUGCAGGAUGUGUUUGACUUGAAGAAAUACGCCAGAUCAGACGAAGGCCUUCUGAGGCUGUUGCCAGUGGUGAAAAGGACUCGAACAGCUCUACUGAACCACUGCAACCUCACAGAGCAUUGCUGUGAAGUGCUGGCCUCGACAUUCAGCUCGGCAUCCUGCAGCCUGAGAAUUCUGGACCUGAGCAGCAAUGACCUACGAGACACCGGGGCGAAGCUGCUCUUCGCUGCAGUGGGGAGUCCAGACUGCAGGUUAGAGACUCUAAGGCUGAGCAGGUGCAAUCUCACAGACGACUCCUGUGAGAGUUUGGCCUUAGCCCUCCAGUCAGCCAGCUCACACCUGACGGAGCUUGACCUCAGCUCUAACGAGUACUCAGGAGCGGGAGUGAAACUGCUCUCUGCUGGACUGGGGAAUCCAAACUGUCAGUUGCAGAGGCUGGGGUUGUCUGGUUGUCAGAUCACAGAGGAAGGUUGCACUUCCCUGGCCUCAGCUCUGCUUUCAAAUCCUCACAAGCUUAGAGAGCUGGAUCUGAGCUACAACCACCCAGGGAAGUCAGGAGUGAUACUGCUCUCCACUUUAGUUGAAGACCCCAGCUGUGUUGUAGCAACCCAUGGUGGAGAAUGCAGGAUUAAACCAGGACUGCAGAAGUACGCCUGUUCGCUCACACCAGACCUCAACACGACGUACCGAUACCUGGCUCUCUCCGAGGGGAAGAGGAAGAUAACCCGGGGGGAAGAGGAGCAGCCGUACCCUGAUCACCCGGAAAGGUUCGACAUCUGGGCUCAGACGCUGUGCAGCGAGGCCCUGACCGGGCGCUGCUACUGGGAGGUGGAGUGGAGCGGGAGGGGCAUGGAGGUGGGCGUGGCCUACGGGGGAAUCGGCAGGAAAGGGGCGGGUCACGGCUGCGCCCUGGGACGGAACCCCAAUUCCUGGAGCCUGAGUUGUUCCGGGAGGCUUUUUUCCGCCUGGCACAACAGGAAGGAGUAUGACGUGCCCGCCUCCUUCCCCUACUCCCGCAGGGUGGGGGUGUACCUGGACCAGCGGGCCGGCACGCUGUCCUUCUACAGCGUCUCCGCUGACGGCUCCACUCUCCUGCACACCUUCUACGCCACUUUCACUCAGCCGCUCUAUGCUGGCUUCUGGGUCGUGUCCGACUCGUCUGUGUACUUGUGCCAGCCAGCAUGACACCCCCCAGCCACGCAUCUCCUAAAACAGCUUUAUUUAACAGACCUGUAGCUCGCAGCAAAGAGCAAUCCCAUUGUAAAGGUUUACAUGCUGUUGCUGUUUUACCAGAAUGCCCUCUCUCAUUUUCCUUCUUUUCUGGGCUGUCAAGUAGCUUCUGCUGUUUUUUUAGGUAUCUGUUAAAUACUAUGUUAUUGUUACACUGUGAGUUAGUCUAGAUAAGACUACUUGCAUGGUGAAGACUCAGGCAUCUAAUUAUGACAAGAAAGGGUGUGACGAACA